UAAUAUCCGCACGAGUAAUUAUACGAAUUAAUGUUUAAUUCUUAAAAUGGCUUAUGAAUUCGUGUACAAAAGGAGUCUGUUGUUCAAUAUAUAGUUUAAGCGUGUCUGUUUGACACACUAAUCUGAAGCACUGUGCCUCAGUUGACCCGCCCUCCUGAGUGGACGCGUCCGCGGAGCUCCGUUCUGCUGGUGAGUUCACUUCAGCUAACUGCGAUUUCUAAAAGUCAUCCUUGAUUUCUAGAUUUGACGAAAUGUGAUAAAUCGGCGGAUCGUCUCGUCAUGAGCGACCGAAAACCGGCGCCUGACAGCGGACAGUACAAGCCGAGAAUGAGCGGAGGGAGCAGCAGUGUGCAGAUGGAGGAUCGCAACAUGCUGCGACGGAUGGAGAAGGAGAGAAGGAGUCAGGGGGUGCAGCAGGAGGAGACGCAGUAUGACAGAAUCGCUCCGCUCUUCAACAAGCCGUAUAAGAGAAUCAAAGAUGAUGAGCUGUCCAGUCUCAUCCAGAGGAUGCUGGGUAAUUAUGAGGAAGGAUAUGACGGACCUGAGGAACUUUGUCCUGCGCUUAAUGAGCAUCCUGCGCACUUCCCUCACGUGGACGAGCAGUUGGGACGCACGGAUCGCUCCAGAGCCGCUUCAGACUCCGGCCCUCCUUCAGGUGAGAGCUGGGACAGUUUACCGGCCCCGGUGGAGCCACUGUCCCCUCUACAGUCCAGUGACUCGGACAGCGGCCCGCCUCCGCUGACUCACGUGCUCCCGCUGAAUUUGCACGGUAAACUGGCCAACGCCAAGAAACCCACAGCAUAUGUGAGGCCGACGGUCGGUCAGGAUCAGGUGACCAGCGGUUCUCCCGAACUGAAGGCCUCAUUGGAGUCUUAUGAGCACUUACAGGACCUGAAGGAGAGCAGCAAACCAAACCUUCCCGCUCUGCAGUCUGCUGAUAUUGUGUCUGGAGCGCGGGUGGGGGACAUUCUGCAGGAAAUGACCUCAUGGCCUCCACUACUGACGACCAUUUGCACGCCAACCACAGACGAGCCGCCUAAGUUCUCCUCCACUAAUGAGGAGACACAUGGAUUCCCGACUCUCAAAGCUGAUGAAUCAUCAGACAAAGUUCAGCGGGAAUCUCAGUGAGUAUCAGAUCAGAUCAGAUCUUUG